GCACAAGGUGGAUAGAGAAGUCGUUGCGUCAUUUUUUGACCUGCUCGGUUUCUGCCAUGGUAUGCGUGAUCAAAACGAAAUCAACAAAAGCAUGCCAAUUUUGUUUACCUGGAUGCCGAUACCGAUCACUAAAAAAAAGUAUGAGAAUGCAUAAGAAAUAGGCUGGCCUAAUUUAACUAAACAUAAGUCUGCAGAUGCUGACAUCAACUAGCAUCAACCAUUAAAACAAAUGGAUCCUCACCUUGAUUCUUCCUCCGAGGAAGAAGGUUACUUGUCACCCUACUGCUGCUCCAGUGACGAGGAAAACGAGUGCUUAAAUCGGAAACUGGUAGAUGAGCUACCCGCUUUCUCCACACAAUCUUUAUCACCCUCGGGCAGAUCUCUGUCUCCAAUUGAUAUGAACACAUCACCACCGCGUUCGAAACAUUCCACUCCUUGCAGUACACCUGUUGACAGUUCCGGCCUCCAGCAGCAGCCACCUUCGGUGGAAAAGGAUUACGUUACGUUAGAGGAGGUUCACGCUCGCAUUGGAUUAACACCGCCGCCCGAUGUUCGGACACGCAAUCUUGAGACGAUUUUCGAAGACAAAUUCCUGGAGACACCACCGAGUCGGGAGUUUGAGUCGCGUACGAAUCGAAAUCUGCUGCGACACUCAUUCCGCAAUCGUGGCCUAAUGGCAGACGGCAACUGUACGACCGAGAAGGUACCAUCUUCCCAGUCAAGUGUUAGGGGAACGAAUAACAAACAGUUCGACGGCAAGCGUCGGCUGUCGCUAGAUUGAUUAUUCCGGGUAGAAUAGAUAGAUAGGUCGAUUAUCCCUUUUAGUUUGUAAGUGCUCUGUCCGAUAAGUUAUUGUUGGGCGUGAUUAUUUUUAAUAAAGAGAAAUUUAUUCCGAAUUUGCCAAAAUUCGAAACCAUUUUGAAA